AAAAAAACAAAUUACAAACCCAGUUAAAAGAAAAAACGACCUUAUCAUGCGAGCGAGCCAGAGAAAAGACUUAUAUUAGCUUUUAAAACAAUCCAUCCAUCGACCAUCAACAAUACCACCCCAGGAUUUCCCAAUUUAAUCCCAAUUCGCCUUUUGCGCGUAUCCAGCGAUCGCCUGAUAUACGACUCCACCAAAAUCCCUUUUUCUUGCUCUUACCUUUCGCUUUUCGUUCGAGAUCUCAGAUCGAUUAACUGAAGCCAUGAAGCGAGGAGUGUCUACUUUGAAUCCAUAUGCAGCAGCAUACAUUCCGCUCGCCAAAAGAGAUUCACAGCUUGUGGAAAUUACCCACAACCAGCACCGUCACAAAGCUGUUCUUGGAGGUGAUUUCCUUGGCAUGGCAGAGCAACUUGGUCAAGGCGACUCAUAUGUCGGAGCGUCACAGAAUGUGAGUGAGGCGGAAGAAAAACAGAUGAUGGACUUAGACUUUGACGUGGUCUUGGCAUAUCUUCAGACGACAUUUCCUGGUUUAUCUGAGCAGUCCCUUACUGAUGUUUACUUGGUGAAUAACGGAGACUUUUAUGCCACUGUUGACAUGCUGAAACAACUUGAGCUCCACACUGAAGAGUCUUCUGAAGAUCUACCAGACACUUUGGACAUCGGUGAUGUUUCAGAAUCUGGGUCUUCAGCAUUCUGCACAUCACUGAAACUGAAAAACGUAGCAGGCGCAGCUGAAGGUUCAUCUGAAUCCGCGGACUCCCAGGUUGUUUCCUGAUUGACAGGUUUUAACUCGGCAUAUUGUUGGCUUUGUGGUUAAGAAGUAUAUAGUUAGGGGAUCUUCCUAUGGGAACACGAGACGUGCAUAGUAAAGCUAUGAUUGUAUAGUUAUCAUACGCUGCUUGUUUUUAAUCUUCCCUGCUUAUGGCACACCUAGCUUUUGUUUGACAGGCCAAAAGCCCAUUGUGCAGUUAGCUGCUUAGCUUGCAGCUUGCAUUUCCUCUGAAAUGAAAAUGAUCUUUGCUUGUUAA